AUGGCCUCGUCGCCACUCCUGCCGUUCCUGCUGUUCCUGCUGCUGCUGCUGCUGCUGCCGCCGGAGGUCCCCGCGGCGGCGCGGGCAUCCCUGCUGGAAACACUCCCCGAGGGGGCGGCCGCCUGCAAGGCUGGGGGCCUGUGCCUGCAGGUGCCCCCCAGGAAGUCACAAGCACCACCUGUCAACGUGAGCCUCUACUACGAGGCGCUGUGCCCCGGCUGCCGGGCCUUCCUGGUCCGAGAACUCUUCCCGACCUGGCUGAUGGUCCUGGAGAUCCUCAAUGUCACACUGGUGCCCUAUGGAAAUGCCCAGGAACAAAAUGUCAGCGGCAGGUGGGAGUUCACAUGCCAGCACGGUGAGCAGGAAUGCAAGCUGAACAAGGUGGAGGCCUGCCUGUGGGACCAGCUAGAGAAGAACUUGGCCAUCCUGACCAUUGUCUGCAUAGAGGAAAUGGAUGACAUGGAGAGAAAUCUGAAACCGUGCCUGCAGAUCUAUGCCCCAGAGGUGUCCCCGGACACCAUCAUGGAGUGCGCAAUGGGGGACCGUGGCAUGCAGCUCUUGCACGUCAAUGCCCAGCUUACAGAUGCCCUGCAGCCGCCGCACGAGUAUGUGCCCUGGGUCGUCGUCAAUGGGAAACCCCUGAAAGAUCCGAGUCAGCUCCUAAGCCUCGUCUGCCAUCUGUACCAGGGUGAGAAGCCAGACAUUUGCCAACCCAUGGCCAGCUCCCGGAGGGAAGUCUGCUUCAAGUGACAGCUGGUGCCCAGGAAGGAGCUGCUGGAGGAAGAGCAAAAGGGCACCUGUCCCUGUCUUUCCUGAUCCCUGACUCUCAGCAGCUGCUUCCCAUCGUCCAGAUAACUUCUACACAUUCCAUGAAAGCCCAGACUCAGAAUCCUGCCCCCAGAUCAAGCAUCUCGCCCCACUGAGAAUGGUGCUACACUGAAACGAGUUUAAUAAACACUUCUGGAUUUUGUGA